UGUGAUGUGCAGUCAUUUACUUUGAUGAUGCUUGAUUUAUAUCCACAUAUAAUUCAUGGUUGUUCUAGAGCAAGAACUGAGCUUGAGUAGUGAACCCAAUACAUCUCAAGGGUGCGAUUUUUAUCGACAUUUCCCAUUAUCAGCUCUUUGAGUUUAUAGAGACAGUCAUAAAUACCUACUUCUGAUUUGAUUGUUCUGUAUGGUAUGAAGACAUCAAUUGUCAAACAGAGGCCGGUGGGUCAGUUGCACUGAAAAAUAGGUUCACUAACUUUUUGAAGGAGACUUAGAUGGCAUGCAUUAAGUCAGAAAUGUGGUUUCAGAACCUAAGUCAAGCCUUUUACAGGACACAUGUGUUUGGGGGUCAAACAUGGAUUAACAACACUGGGCACGGCCUUUGGAUUCAAGUGGGUAAUGAGUAAAACUUUCAUGUAGAAUAAGGUAGCUCAACAGAAUAAAACAUUCCAGAAGCUAUUGUUAGUGGGUGCUGGAACGAGGGCAUGUGUAAGAGACGUGCCUGUUAGAUGUUUUAUCCAUACUGAUAUGCUUUUGUGUCAGCUCGUGUAUUUAGUUUAGGUAGGUGUAAUACAAGUUAAAUAAACCUACAUCUAAAACAUGUGAAAAGAAAGCGUAUAUAUAUAUAGUUAUUAAAUAUAUUAAAUAAAUAAAUAGCCUACCUCAAGUACUGUGCGUUGGUUAACCGCAUUCCCAUGAACGCGACCACUAUCAUUCUUUGACAGACACGAUUCUACCAAGUAACGGUGUUACAGUAGUGAAGACGCAGCCAAUCAGCAUACAGUUUGAAUGCAUCGCUAAGAAAAGCGUUCAAUAAAACAACCCGACCUUCAGGAAGCGUCUAACCUGCCUUGCCAGAAGCGGAGCGAGCAAGAAGAAAAGCCUAUUCUCGUAAAGGUAGCUGCAGUGAGAUCCGGGGUUUUUCUGUGAUUCGAUCUAAAGAAAACCUUCAAAGGCUUUUCAUGCUUUUGAGACAACAAAGACAUUUUACAGCCUGUACGAGGAGGGUGGUGGAGGUAUGACAUUGACGAGGGGUUCCUUUACUUACUCCACUGGAGAGGAGUACAGUGGCGAGUGGAAGGAAGGAAAGCGACAUGGUGUAGGGCAGCUGAAGUUCUCUGAUGGUACCUCUUAUAAGGGCCACUUUGAGAAUGGCCUGUUCCAUGGUUGUGGGGUGCUAAUGUUUCCUGAUGGGUCCAGGUAUGAGGGUGAGUUUGCCCAGGGAAAAUUCCAAGGUGUUGGAGUCUUCAGCAGAUUUGAUGGGAUGAAGUUUGAAGGGGAAUUCAAAAAUGGUCGUGUGGAGGGAUAUGGCCUGUUGACAUUUCCAGAUGGUUCCCAUGGCAUUCCACGGAAUGAGGGCGUCUUUUCCAAUAACAAGCUUCUGAAACGGGAAAAGAGCCAGGCGGUGGUACAGAGGGCCAGGAGCUCGGCUUCCACAGCCCGCGGGCUCUCUGUAUGACAGAAAACCCCUCUACCCCGACCCCCAUUUCCCAACUGCUGCUCUCAUAUGAACUCCCCAAUCUCUACUCCUAAUGCAGUGGCAAAGGUCAAAGAGCUGAAGUGCUUGUGGAUCUGCACAUAGGUGCUCCCUCACUGUGUAUGUUCCAGCAGACCCUCAGGAUUGGAUAACAGGGUUUCCUUUCCCUUCUCACUGUCUCUUUCUCUUACUCAGUGCUGCUCUGCCUUGGUUGCCUAUGGCUUAAAAAAUAAAAAAAUAAGCAAGGUUCUUGCUGCCACCUAGUUGAGAACCUUUGGACGUGGACAAACCAAAGUCACCAUCAACAACAUGGGACUUCAGAGUGGUGCAAAAGCAGGAGUGUGCGUGUGUGUGUGUGUGUGUGUGUGUGUGUGUGUGUGUGUGUGUGUGUAGAACCAGUUUAUUUGCCUUUGUGAGACAGUGAUUGUGCACCUUCCGUAUCACAUUAUUUAUGUAAUAAGUUCAUCAUUACAUCUUUUAUUUAAAUGCUAUUUUAAGCACUUUCUUAUACUUGGAGAAAAAACUGUUUGCCUUGUUUAAUUUAAAAGUAUAUAAAAACACAUUUCUUAAAUGUGCAUUAUACCACAUGAAAAAAUACAUUAUAUAACCAGUAUUAAUUUUAGAAAUUAUCAGAACUAUGAAGUAGACUUAUUUUGAGAUUGUACAAAGUUGAUGUACUUUUAACCAAAAUCAGGUAGUCCAGGCUAUGAAGUUUACAUGGGUGUUCCUUCUGACCAUAUUCACGUUAAACACUAGUAUGUCUAUAAUAUCAGGAUCACUGAUGAUAGAAGGACAGUUUUGUACUCAGAUUAUGUUAAUUGUAAAUAAUGAAUUUGCAUUGUAAUAUGUAUUGGGCAGUUAAAAAGUACUAGUGUUUCUCUCAUAUGAAUUCAUUAUUGAGGACACUUAAAAGGCGGAAUAAAUAUUUAUUGAAUAAA